GUUUGGGGCAGGUCCUGGAGUUUAUGUACACAGCUAAGCUGAGUUUAAGUCCACAGAAUGUAGAAGAUGUACUUGCCGUCGCUAACUUUCUGAGGAUGCAAGAGGUUGUGAAUGCUUGCUCUGCGUACCAGUCAAUGGCAAACCCAGCUCCGUCCCUCAUAUCACUGGAUUUUGCCGUUGAAGAAAAACAAGGGGAAGAAGAACAGAAAGAGGAGCUGGAGAGCAAAAUGUCAGAAGUAGCAACUCAAGCAGAAGAAAGUCCAAGCACCCCCACAGAAGAGAAGGAGCCCACACGAAAUCUGGAAAAUUUAAAGGAAGACAUCUCCACUGAAACACAACAGGCUGUUUCUCGGCCCAACCCCGCCAGAACCCACUCAGGCCGAGGCCGACCGCCCAAAACCAGCUCCCUCUCUGCUCAGAAGAAGAUAUCUGUAAAGAGGGAGGAAGAGAGUGCUGCACAAGAUGCUCCUGGAUUUCAGGACGACCCCUCUGACGCCGACUACACGCCAAAAUCACAGUUGAAAUCCGCUGGCAGCUCCUCCUACAUGAGUUCUCGUGGGAGAAGAAUCAGAAAACCUCCUCGACGAAAUUUCCCACCUGACAAUGAGUCAGAGGAAGAGGGCAUGUCUAAGACAGAAAUUGAAAAAACAGUGGCAGAGCAGGCAGAAGUGGCUGAAGGAAAGGAGGACAACUGUGUGGAGAUUGGCGAUGGGGAAGCUGAUGAUGAAGACGACUCUGGAGAGGAAGAUGGGGAGGUCAGCGAGCAGGCGGAAGAAGUCGAAUCAGGCACCGAGAGAGACGGAAGACAAACUCAGUCGACGUCUAUGAGCAGCCGAUCUGAAUCAAAGCCGUACAGCUCUGUCACGCAUGAAUGUGAGGACUGUGGUAAGAAAUUCACCCACACGGGAAACUUCAAGAGACACAUGCGCAUUCACACAGGAGAGAAGCCGUUCAGCUGUCGGGAUUGCAACAAGGCUUUCUCUGACCCUGCAGCCUGUAAAGCCCAUGAGAAAACACACAG